CAGCUAUACGGUACCAUCAACAUAUUGGUGAAAGGAGUGUUUCAGAGUGUGUUUGCUCUGUCUUGUAUCCACAGACUUUGUGGUUCUGCUUCUGAUUGAGGAUGCCACAGAUUGUCUGACAGAACAUUUCAUCAUAAAACAUGAUUUGUGAAGCACAUUUGCCAAGAGUUAUUUGUCUCAGUUUCAUUUUGACAUUUGGGUUCAUAUUCACUCUGUCAUUUACAAGGGCGGAUACUGAUGAAGGGGGUGAAAUGUGUAAUGACCAAGAGGAGGGCAUGCAUUGUGCAGACAUUCAUAUUAGGAAGUCUGAUGGGAUCAUGGAUUUUUACUUUAAACACUCAUUCAAAGAUAUGGACAACCAGACAAACCUUUACUUAAAACUUCCUUCCACACUCCAUUCCUUUGACUUUGAAAAAAUUACUUGCAUCCUGAACAUGAAAGAUCAACUCAACUGUUCUUGGAAUAUAACUGGUCUCCCUAAAAAUGCUCAGUACUCAGCUUAUGUAGGCCAAGGAAAUUCAACCCAUCAAUUGAAUUGUUCAAAUGUUGCUGCAAAUGAGUCUGUUAAAUGCCACGGCCAUAUUGCUUUAAAACAAUCAAAAUACAUGGUUGUUAAAGUAAAUGUUUCUAUACCAACGCACUGGUAUAUCAUUGGGAAGGAGAUUAAUAAAGUAAAUAUAGAAAAGCUUGACCCCCCAAAAAACAUUAAGAUUUCAAUCCAUUUAAAUAAGCUGAAAAUAAAUUGGACACUUCCUGAGGGUGAAAACAAUGAAUGUUUUAAGUAUGAAUUACAGAUCAAUGAUGAGGUGGUUCAUCUGUCAAAAGGAGAGUUGUCAUAUGUUAAGGAAGACACAGACCUGACAAGGAAGUAUGCUGUUAAGAUGAGGGUGAUAAAAACUCAGUACUGCACUGCUGGCAAUUAUUGGAGUGACUGGAGCAAUGUUCAAGAGGUUGGCCCAUCUGAAAAGGUGUAUCAGAUGAAUCCAUGGGUGAUAGUAGUCAUAGCAUUUGUCCUUCCUAUGCUCCUUUUGUCUUUCCUGUUGAUCUGCAAGUGCCAAAGGCUCAUAGAAAAGCUUUUCCCUCCCAUCCCGAGCCCAUCUGUAAAACUUCUUGAGAAAGAUGACUUCUGCCAGCAUUUGCCUUCUGGUUGUGUGGAGCAUGGCACAGUCACCACAGUGUAUGAAGUUGAGGAAAGGAAUUGUUAGAUCAUAGGAUAAAGAUCUUUAGACAUCCAAAAUAAUCCCAGAAUCCAUAUUUGAAAAAUACUUGGAAAGGCUACGUUCAUUGGUUGUGUUUACAUGUACAUCAAUAGUCUUGUAUUGUGCAACAACAUUUUAUUGAAACAAAACAGAACCCUGGCUUCUUUUCUUCCAGUUUCAGGCCUGUGCAUAAGCAUAACUUGUUAUCAGUCUGCAGCACAUGCACACUUUGGUCAGAUUAUAUAAAGCAUAUAAAGUACAAUGCAGUGCAAUUAAAACUGCAGUACUCCACAUAUUACUGUGAUUAUGGUUACUCUAAUUAUGAGCAUAAUUGUAAUAACAUAGCAGUAUUUUCUAUACAUGUGCUCAAAUUUAAUGUCAGUACUGCCUUCACUGCAUGAGGAAAUUAGGGAGUUGAACUUAACAUGUCCUUUUGUGACUUUUAUAAACAUGUGUUUGUUUACAUGUGAGUAAUCCAGAGCUAGAUUUCAAGAUAACUCUCUUUCAUUUUGAAGCUAUUUAGGUAACAUUCAAUUAAUUUCAUAAUAGUCACAUUUCGUUCAUUUCAUCUGUCUAUUUCAACAUUUAAGUAUUUAAUUAUACUCAAAUCCAGUCUAUGCUUCUAAAUAAUUAUGCUUAAAUAAUAUUAAGCAUAUUGUGACCGAUCAGUCACAAUAUUAAAACCACCAGCAUAAUAUUGUGUAAAACAGUGCCAACCUAUAUCUCUGAAUAGCUCUCAGAGAUGCUAUUCUUCUCUCCACAAUUGUACAGAGCAGUUAUCCAAGUUACCAUAGACUUUGUCGAACCAGUCUGGGGCCAUUCUCUGUUGAUCUCUCUCAUCAACAAGGCAUUUCCAUCUACAGAACUGUCCCUCACUGGAUGUUUUUGGUUUUUGACAACAUUCUGAGUAAAUUCUAGAGACUGUUGUAUAAAGAAAAUCCCAGGAGAUCAGCAGUUACAGAAAUUCUCAAAUCAGUCCG